AUGAGUGUAUCGUCGGCGUUUGAAACGGUCGCAAGUGAAUUGACCCUGUUUGCAUUUUCGGAACGGACGACCCAAUUCGUGGAUGAAUACAGAUUAUAGUCAGCUCAGCAGAAUGACCAUGGACGUCCACCAUCACCGAAACGUGACGACCGCGUCGUCGUCACCAUCGUCGCGGUACUCAUCGCCCACGGAUACCGAGAUGGCGCAGCAGGUGACGUCCCUGCCCGCGGCAGCGCUGCACCAGAGACCGCAGAAGCGCAGUUUCGACGUGGCGUUUCUGAUGGCACCGGACGACCUGAGCAAACGACGGCCGCGACCACUGCCGCCGUCCGCGGCCGCGCCACCCGUAGCCCGGUCGGCAUUCACCAAAGUGAUCUCUCCGGACCCACCGUUGGCCCUGUCGCCCGCCUCGUCACCGGCCACACCGCCGCUAGUCGAGUUCGGUACCUACUUGCACCAGCAGCAUCAGCAACAGCACGAGUGCAGCCUCAGCCCUCCCCUGCCGCCGGCCGCGGCGCAUUUUAUGUCACCGUUCCCGUUAGGUUUCCGUUCACCGUUCGCCAUGAUGAUGCCGCCGAGGACGCAACCCACCGCGGUCGGCUGCAAGGACUACCCGUCAACGUUGCAACCGCUGCACCAACAUCACCAACAACAUCAACAGCAGCAGCACCAGCAGCACCAACAGCAACAGCAACAGCAGCAGCAGCAUCAGCAAUCGUUGCCUUCGCCAUCUCCACUGCAGUUCGGGCCAGCGGCCGCCGCCGCGGUAGCCGCUCUGCCGGCAAUGCUGCUGCCCGCGUCUAUCGCCGCGGCCGCGCUCACCUUGCCGUCGCAGAACGUGUGUGCCAAGUGCAACGUGAGCUUUCGCAUGACGUCCGACCUGGUGUACCACAUGCGUUCGCACCACAAGGGCGACGGUGCCGGUGGUGGCAGCGGGGGUUUGGGUGGUCUGGGCGGCGCAGGCGUCGGGAGCUCGGGCGGCGGCGCGGACGCCAAGAAGCGCCGGGACAUGGACAAGCUUCGGUGUCCGGUGUGCGACGAGAGCUUUCGCGAACGGCACCACCUGACACGGCACAUGACCGCGCACCAGGAUAAGGAAGGCGAUCGGCUGGACGACGAGGACGACGUGCCGGUCCAGCACCACCAGCAGCAGCAGCAGGGCGCCAAAUGACGUAAGGCGGCCGCGGGUGGCCGCAGGCGCACCGCCUCGUACGCGCGGCUCGCGGACGACCGCCACAUCUGAGCGUCCAAACUCCCACCCCCAUCCGCCACAAGCAGAUCCACGUGUGCAUCAUGUCUCAUCACCAUGUGUUGUCGUUGUCACUACGUUCGUGUGGUCGGAGUUCGACGGAUUACUGACGAGUGAGUAAAAGACGAAAAUCCUUUACAGCGCAUUCUUCUCGCAACAAAGAUCUCUACGCCAAGAAAACACAACUAUAGAUUUGACCAACCCGGUUUGUUUUAGUUGAUUUUUAUUAUUUUUUUGUUUUUUCUUUCUGUUUUUUACUUAUCGUAUACAUACAUAUUAUAAUAUAUCACUUUAUAAACAUACUACGUAGGUAUACGACACUGUUCACCGGAGUUUAGAUUAAUAUUAUAUAUAUAUAUAUAUAUACACAUAACCUUCGGUUUUACUAUGUGACGAGCGAGUUACAUUCUAAACUUUUAGUGCGAAAAUUAUUAAAAUUAUACUUAAGAAAUAUAAACUGUACGGAACGUAGCCCGUUUUUAGUUUAACGCAAUAAUGUAAAAUAUACUACAAAACAUUCUAUUAUAUUCCAGGUUCAAAUAAUGUUAGUUAAGUAAGGUACUUUUUACGUAUUUUCAUGUAUUCUCGAUCGGUUGUUUCACGACGAUUUAAACUUAUCUUUAUGUAUAUAUUCUUAAGUGUACAGCAGUUUCCUUUGGCAAAUUUAUUAAAUUAUACAAUUGUUAACAGUUUAACACGAGUUACGCUACAACUUGCAAAGAUAUAUUCAUUCAAUCGGUCUUGAAAAAACCUAGUCUAAAGCGGUCAUAAUUUUCAAUUACUAUACACGGGCAAUAUUUUUUUUUCAACUUAAAUCCGAUUUGGGUUGCUCUUGUCAUUUUUUUUUCAUGCGUGCACUUUACCCUCUAAUGUGAAAACAAGGGUGACCAUUAGGGUCGACAAAAAUGACAAAUGUCCAUACAAAUCAUAGCCGAAUACGAGUAAUAAUUAACCAUGUCCGUGUAUGGAGGGGGGUCUAGAAUUUAAUUUUGUAAUGGGGUCCGAUAAAUAGAUUAAAAUAUCUCUUUGUCCUUAAUAAAUAUUGUCAUGUGAUCGCUUUUAGUAUGAUUCUAAUAUUGAAAUUAAAUGGACCGAAAUCGAAUGAUAACGUUUUUAAAAUUCAUCUGUACGUAGGGGGUCACCUAUUCACACAUUAUUUUUACGACGUAUUGUUUAGAAAUAUCACGAAUGCCAGGCAAUAUUUAUUAUUCUAUGUAUUCUACCAUGAAUAUUACCAAUCGAUCGCCAAUCGGUAAAUUAUCAGUUUAAACGAUUGUUGAUACAUUUAUGUACUUAUAAUAUAAAUGUCUCGAUGAUUCUUGUAGACUCUAUAUCAUGUCUUUAGAUAUAAAUAAACUAGACGUCAUUGAAACACGAAUCAUUUUAAUAAACUUAAUAAAAAAUAAUAAUAAUAGUG